AUGACUACCGUAAUGUUGGACAACGGAGCUUAUACGGCCAAAGUUGGGUACAUUUCUGAGAUGAACCCUAAAAUAAUCCCCAACUGUGUCAUCAAGGCAAAAACAGUUAGGAACAGAAUUUUUAUCGGCAACCAGAUCGACGAAUGCAAAGAUCUGUCUGGCCUCUAUUUCUUACUCGCCUUUCAAAAAGGUUACCUAACUAAUUGGGAAAUAGAGAAGCAAGUCUGGGAUCACAUGUUUGGCAAGAAUGAACUGGCUGUAAACUUUGAAGAGUCAGGCUUCAUUGUUACAGAGUCUUAUCUGAACUUCAAAUCCAUCCAAGAAUCGAUUGAUGAAAUUUUCUUCGAAGAGUACCAAGUGCCAUUUUUAUUUCGUUGUAACCCUAGCUACCUAAUCCAAUACAAACAGCAGAGAAAGAAGAAGAAUUUAUUUUGUUGUUUGGUGGUUGAUUCAGGCUACUCGUACACUCAUGUAGUCCCAUAUCAUAAUGGUAGGGCUGUUAAGAUGGCUAUGAGGAGAAUUAGCAUUGGAGGAAAAAUUCUGACCAAUCACUUGAAAGAAGUUAUAUCUUACAGGCAAUUGAUGGUCAUGGAUGAGACGCACGUCAUAAACCAGCUGAAAGAGGACACAUGUUUCGUCUCCCAGGAUUUCUAUGCCGAUAUGAACCUCGCAAAGCAGAAAGGCCCCAGUAACAAGAUAGCCCUUGACUACGUACUGCCUGAUUAUGCGCAUAUCAAGAGAGGUCAUAUCAAAGAGCCUGACACCGAGAUUAAUUCAUCCGAGCAGAUAAUUCGGGUUUGUAACGAAAGGUUCUCCAUUCCGGAACUUCUCUUCCAUCCAUCCGACAUAGGGAUCCACGAGAUGGGAAUUCCGGAAGCCAUCGCUUACGUCAUCGGCCUGUGCCCCGAAGAGUUACAACCAUUUCUCUACCUAAAUAUAAUAUUAACUGGUGGCAAUUCUUGCUUGCCCGGAUUCAGAGAAAGAGUUUUCAAAGAUUUGAGAACAUUGGCUCCUGAUCACUUUGAAAUAAACGUUCGACUCGACGAUAGCCCUAUUCAGGCUAGUUGGCAGGGUGGGUGCUUACUUGGGAAUUCCCCGGACUUCACUAAUCACAUCGUCACUAAGGAUCAGUUUGACGAACACGGCGUUGGCAUCUGCCAAGAAAUGUUCAACUACUAA